AUGUCUCGUCUUCUCCUGGAACCAGCGGCAACGGGCGCCCUUCUCUACCUGUUGACACGGAAUCCUUCCAAUCUUCGCGACCAGUUCUCUUCAACUACAGGAAUCAAUGAAACGACUUUGCGAAACUUGAUCAUUCCUCUCAAGUGGCUCUUCAGCCUCGGAUUGCUCCGCAGAUUUCACAAUGCAAUGACUACGCUUGCAUUUAACAAUUGGCAGUUCCGUCCUCAAGGAGAGCCAUGGAAAUUCGGCGACGACAAACUCUCCGAACUCGUUUUGAUAACGGGCGGUUGUUCAGGAUUUGGUAGACUGAUGGCAAAGGACUUCUCUAAGCACGCGAGAGUUGUCAUUCUUGAUAUUCAGGAGCCGCCGGAGGAUCUCAGAGUUCCGAACAUCCACUUCUAUAGGUGUGAUGUGUCAGAUCCGGGCGCUAUCCAGUCUACAGCAGUCAUGAUCCGUGAACAACAUGGAACCGUCAGUGUUCUCAUCAACAAUGCUGGGAUAGCGCGCGGAUUGACCCUGUUGGAAUCGAGCAUAGAGUACACCGAGAAGAUAUUUAAAGUCAACACUUUUGCGCAUAUAUAUCUUAUCAAGGAGUUCCUGCCAGCGAUGCUUGAGGCCAGAAAGGGGCAUGUCGUCUCCAUUUGCAGCAUCGCUUCCUACAUCACCCUCCCACCAAUAUUACAUUAUUGCGCGACAAAGACGGCAUCAAAUUAUAUCAGCGAUGGUCUACGAAGCGAGCUGCUUACGCGGUAUCCCAACGGCAACACGAUCCUGACCACGAGUGUUCAUCCUACGUUCCACGACACUCCGAUGCUGGGUGACAUCUUCGGAAAGAGCUCCAGGACAUCCACUGAUAUGAUCUAUCCUCCAGAGAACGUAUCGCGAAAGGUGGUCGAGCAGGUACUUCAAGCGCGAAGUGGAAAGCUAUUCAUCCCAGAGAACGAAUACUACCUGUCAUUCUGGAAGUUUGCGCCGACGUGGCUCGUUGAUCUGUUGAUCUUCGCGAGAAACAAGAAGAGACUUAAGAUGUUGGCGAAGGCGGCAAGUCAGUGA